AUGCACAAGCCAUCGGCGAGAGUUCGCGCUGACUUUAUAUCACAGUUCAACAGUGUCCUCGAUGAAACCGACGUCAUUUCUGAUGACCUUGAGCCAUGGAGGAGACCCGAUCUGGCCACGAGAAGGCCACCACCCCUUGUGAUUGAGGUUUAUCUCGACACUUCCCACCUGUCCCAAAAUCAGGCUUUAAUCAUCGUUGACGAGGCCGGCAAGCGCCAUGAUGUGUCGGAGCGCCUGCAGUCUUCCGCCGACUCGAGUCCACGGCCCUCGAGGCAUGGCGCGCAGCCCUGUGAGGUCGUGAUAGAGCGCUGGACGAUUGAAUUGGGCGACGGUGAAGACUGCUCCACUGCUGAGUUGAACGACACUCUGCCGAAUGUCUACAAGAAAGGCGUCUGUCUAUUCAGAUCACUGUUUGCCUUUGCGCGAUUCCUGCCGGCGUGGAAGCUACACCGAAAACUCACGAGACAACCGGGCAAGCAUCAGGCGCUGCGACUAAGAUUCCGCAUCAAGCAGGAUCAUCGCUUGCCACCUGGCCGACAGGACUCCCUUUACGCUCCACUUUGCUCUUCCCAGUCAGCAUCAGAUGCCAUCACCGAAGCCUACGAGAUUCCAGCAUUGCCAUGUCGCGCCGGCGCUUUGUCCAUCAGCGUCCACUACCGGACUAACUGCGAGUUCGGCGUGGCUGACUCGGAAUCACUCCUCUCCUCGCGCUUCCUUGGUUACGAUGAAGGCGUACCCAUCCUGGCCGCCGGCAGGUCUCUUCCCGCCGCUCGUGGCGAGCAGGCUCGUGUACAGAACAGUAGCUUAGCGAGAGCCACGGGCGACCAACGUGCUCGCGUCGGCGCAUACGGCAGUCUUGGUACAUUCCAUGCGGCCGACAAACGUGGCUCGCCAGUCACGGAGCUGAAGCAGCGCGUGCUUGAUGAGGAUAGCGAUGACGGCCAGCAGACCUCUUCCAACCAGAGGCAGACCCUCUCGCGUGAGCCUUCACAGAGCUUGAAGAACAAUCCUCCGUUCAAGUCCGGCUCGUUGGCGUCGUCGCCACGGCCCUCGCCAUCCCCGAGCACAUCCGCUGGACGAGAAUCGAGCUUUGCAAAAUAUGCGGGCACGUCGUCCGGCAAGCGUGUGUCUCUAAAUACCUUGCCCCAACAAGCCUUGCGAGCGCCGCCAUCUCAGAGCGAAACCGCAGUCGCAUCUUCGGGCUCAUCCUCCCCGAAGCCGGCACCCGUCCAUCGGUAUAGCAGCAGCUUCGCCAACCGAAAUAGGCGAUACACCCCUCAAAACAGUAAGACUGGUGAGAGUGGUGGAAGCUCCGGACGUGCCAGCAGUUCAUCCAACAAGGACAGCAAGGAGAAACCCCUUGUUCCUGGAUAUGACGGUCCCAUUGGCUCCCGAUUGCCUGGCCCAUCUCAGGACCACGACGACAUUGCCGACUUCAUCUUUCAAGUCGAAAAGUCUAAGGAUGUACGCAUUCACUCACGACCAGGUUCUCGUGACAACACGGUGAACCUGACCAAAUACAGCAAUAUGAGAGACCCCAACACCCAACUCGCCGAAGAGAUGAGCUCGUCAUCCCUCAUCCAAACGUCAGCCACACCGCCCAGCCGUCGCUUGUCGAACGUCCCGGGUCUCUCUACAUCAUCUUCUCCAUCACGUGCCUUGACGCACGCACCGCAUGUUCGCUCGCGACUUUCGACCCAUAGCAUUGCCGAGGAGAUUACGAGCCGUUCAGGCGCCUCAGGCGAGGGCUCCGACAGCCCCAAGAUUCAUGAAGAGGACGAAGAAGAGGAGGACGAAGAGCCCUUCAUCUUCCCUCAAGACAACGUCUAG